GGCCGAGUAAGGACGAGUGGGAAAUGGGAACUGCAAAGCAACGUAAAGAAGGGAAGGAAAAGGAAACUGCCAGGGAGAAAUUGUGCUGCAAGGCUGGCAAUGAUGAAGCUGUUUACGAGGACACAUCCGGAGUGACCGUGGGGGACCCCGUGACGAAGACCGGCAAACCCCUCUCGGUGGAGCUGGGCCCGAGCAUCAUGGGGAACAUUUACGACGGGAUCCAGCACCCACCCCAGGAGAUUGGCGACCUCGCUCAGUCCAUCUAUAUCCGCAAGGGCAUCUCCACCCCGCCCUCUCCCACUCCAAGGCCUGGGACUUCCAGCCGCAGCGAGCCGUCAAGGCCAGAGGGUGCUGGACGCGCUGUUCCCGUGUGUGCAAGGGAGCACCACUGCUUUGCCUGCCGCCCUCCCACCUGACUCCACCUGAAGCCAGAUUUCACCCAGCCCCCGUCACACCAAGUAUCCACCAUCACCAGAGUUAAGAAGCCUUGCCUGCGCCCCUCCCACUUGACCCCAUCUGAAGCCAGAUUUCACCCAUCCCCCAUCGCACCAAGUGUCCACCAUUACCAGCACCAGAGUAGCCGUGCCCUUCCUCUGUCACCACGAAACUUUUCUGCGUCUCAGGCGUUUUGGGGCGGCUGCCCAGGCGGCUUAGUGUCUGCACUCCUCCCUCUCUGCCUGAUAAUAAUGAUAACUAGUGAUAGUAAUAACAAAACAAUUUGAUUAGUGGUGUGUUAGUGUUGGGCUUGUUGUGACGCUGCUCAGCCUCUGCCCCUCACCAGGGUCAGCUUCCUGCGGCUUUUUUCUGGCCACAAAACCAUCAACAAACUUCUGAAUAAAGACUCUUAAACACUUUUAAGGUGAAGAAUUGAAAUAAAGUUGAGCCUGACAGGUCUACAAAUACAUGAUAAAAUAAGCUGGUAGGGAGUCCUGGCGCUCAUCUUGAAUAUGGUCAAGGCACAGGAGGAAGGAAACAUAGGUGAAGGAAGGCUGAUCCAGUAUGUACCAGUGUAGGCAAUGAAGGAGUGAAAGUGCCGGUAAACUCUUGCAUUAGUAAGUUUGACAGCAUUCAGGUUAAGGAAGGAUGCUCCAGGAUGUACCAGUGUAGGCAAUGAAGGUGUGAAGGUGCCGUUAACUCUUGUAAUAGUAAGUUUGACAGCAUUCCGGUGAAGGAAGGCUGCUCCAGGAUGCACCAGUGUAAGUAGUGAAGGUGCCAGUAAACUCUUGCAUUAAGCCUGCUUCACACUUACACGACUUUUGGCUACGAUGUUUCAGAAGUCGCUGACUUUUGAGUUUGACGAGAUUGGGGCAAUUUUUUGGCCGAUUUCUGCCAGUACGAGAUUGGCACGCAGGCUUUGCGUACGUCGUGCGAAGCUUGUACGAAGGCCAACCGAAGCCGUCCAUCAGCAUCCGAUGGCACCACGAGAUGCCACGCAAGCACCACGACAUUUCCCCCGAACUAACCGACACCGUCACGUACCUACUACGUACACUACCGAACCCAAGCCGAACGCAAGACGAGGGCACCUCACGUGGGUACAAUGUAUACCUCCCAACAUCCAUACGCACCCGCCAAGACAGCCAGCCGAUGACUGUAGUGGCAUCAGCUCUGGAGGCUCCCCACCUUGCCGCCCCGUAUUUAAAGGAGUGACUCGGCAGUGCUUGCCACACCUCACAGCCGCAGCACCGUCAACAGCGCCUCACCACCACCCACCAACGUCAGCCAUGGACAACACCAAAGUACUGGUCCUUUUUGCCCUGGCAACGCAACAGAACCUUGACCGUGAACGCAAUAUCCUGUACCUAUUGAGGCGAUGGCGAUACCUGAGGGCACAGCGGCGACCGAAGGUGCGAUCCUGUUGGAUCCGCGACUGGUUGGGAUUAGAACGCAGGAGGGGACAGGGGCACUGGGAGAACCUUGCGGUAGAGUUGAUUCUGGCGGACAUGUCCUCGUUUAAGAACUACAUGAGGAUGAAUGAGGCGGCGACAGAGGCAGACGCUUGUGUUGGCGGCCCUAUAUACACGAUCGUGUUGCCAUACGGUGCGUUGCGUUGCCACAUCGCGAGUCCAUAGUGCAGAUCUCGGAAGGGCUACUUGGUGCGUUCAGAUCACCAUCGGAACGGGUAUGGGCACGUUCGUAGAACGUAUGUGACGGGUACGUACAACUGUCACCUUCAAACGUGGCACGUACCGGUUUUGACAUUUCAAAUGUUAGGGCUAUGUCGGCUCACUAUCGGUCCAUGACCGUAGACCCUGAGUACGGGGUUGUGGAACCUAGGUAAAACUCCCGUACAUUGUCGUACGAUAUAUAUAACGGUAUUUCUCGGGUCAUUAACGUCUCAUUGUCGUGCUAAUGCACUGCGUACCUUGUACGAACAUCAACGGAAGGGGUUGCGAAGCGACCGAUGGUGCCAUGUAACUCCCCGACUUUUCGGCAGGCCGCGACAUGUCCCGAGAAAUUAAGAGCUCCCUUAAUUUUUCGGGACCGCCGGAGAGAGUGCGCGAGACACCCCGAUGCCCGUGACAUGCCCCUUAGGUGUUCCGAUUUUUUCCCAAUGCCCAGCCGAACACCAUCAUAACGGCUUCGAGAUCAAAAGUCGGCUAAGUUUGAAGCAGCUUUUAGUAAGCUUGACAGCAUUCGGGUGAAGGAAGGCUGUUCCAGUAUGUACCACUGUAGGCAAUGAAGGAGUGAAGGUGCCAGUAAACUCUUGCAUAAGUAAGUUUGACAGCAUUCAGGUGAAGGAAGGCUGCUUCAGGAUGUACCAGUGUAGGCAAUGAAGGAGUAAAGGGGCCGGUAAACUCUUGCAUUAGUAAGCUUGACAGCAUUCAGGUGAGCCAGAGCAGAAAUUUUAGCAACAAUUUGUAAAGUAAGAAAUGUAGUGGAUUCUCACUUAUUAUUUUUCCUUAACCCCUUCGCGCCGGAUGUUCAAAAAGCCCGCCUGGCUGAUAUACGGCGUGCUCGGCCGCGCGCGGGGAAACCUGAGGCGGCAUGUAUCUGCUUGUCGCCUCCGUAUAUUAUGCUGCUGAAAGCCCUCAUUACAUGUAUCCCGUAUUUGCAAAGCAGCAUACACGACGAGUCAACAUAUACCUGCUAUGCAUAAUAUAAAUUGCGUCAACGCGAAAUAAAGAAAGGGGAGAAUGGGGCAAGGGGGAAAGAAAUAGAGAAAGCAUAUGAUUGUGUAGAGGAGGAAGAAUGUCGAGAAAUUAUCAGCGAGAGAGAGAGAGAGAGAGAGAGAGAGAGAGAGAGAGAGAGAGAGAGAGAGAGAGAGAGGUGGGCGAGACGUGAUGGUGUCGGCGCCACCGUUGCCAGAUAUCAUACUCGUAGCCUCGUUUUUACCAGUUUCUGAGCCAUAACUAUUGCCAAAACACACCAAUAAUUAACCAUUCUAAUGAUAACUGUAUAUGAAGGUAAUUAUUUGGGUCGAGGAGGCAGAUUUUUGGGUCGGAAAUUGGCAGACAGGAGGCCGAGUACGACAAUCUGGCAACGUUGGUCGGCGCCUCGGUGUCUGAGAGAGAGAGAGAGAGAGAGAGAGAGAGAGAGAGAGAGAGAGAGAGAGAGAGAGAGAGAGAGAGAGAGAGAGAGAGAGAGAGAGAGAGAGA